GGUAUGCGGACCCUCCUCCCUCUUCGCUUGCCAUCCCCGGUAGCCGCCACGCUCCCGGGCGCCACCUUCCUCCUCCCGGCGCUCACCAGGGUCUCCCUCCGCGGAACCCCGUCGAGGGCCAGCAUGAGCGUAGACACCUCCUCCUCCGCGCCGGACUCAGCGGCUGCAAACCCCGCCGCCGCCGGCGAGGGAGGCGGGAGGGAGGCGGCGGUGGACGUGCUGGUCCAGUACGUCGUGCUGCGGCGCGACCUGGCGGACGCGUGGCCGCUGGGGAGCGUGGUGGCGCAGGGGUGCCACGCCGCCGUCGCCGCCGUGUGGGCGCACCGCGACCACCCGGACAUCGCCGCCUACUGCGCGCCCGGCAACCUCGACAGCAUGCACAAGGUAACAUUGGAGGUGAAAGGAGAGACACAACUGAAGAACUUGGCAGAGAAGUUGGAAGCAGCUGGUGUUCGGCAUAAGCUGUGGAUAGAGCAACCUGAGAACAUCCCAACAUGCAUAGCCACAGCCCCCGGCCCAAAGUCGCAGGUUUCUUCAUUCUUCAAGAAGCUCAAGCUAUGCAAAUGAGCUGAGCAUUUUUUGCCUUUUCCUUUACCUGGUACUGAUAUCAUGGAGAAUCAUGAAAACUUUGGAAGUUGCCAAUGUACUGAGUGCUUGUUCCAGCGUUAUUAAGCUGGGUAAAAAGAUGAAGUAUUUGCAGAGAGAUGACGUUUCUGACUUGUAUUAUUUCAGGCCAUUUUGUAAUCUACAUGGAUUAAAUCUUGUAUGCUAAUAUGUUUCAGCUAAAGAA